AAGGUCUGUAAACAUUAAGGCGCCAGCUCUGUUUGCGCACCUCUGAGUUUCACGUGAAGGGCUUACGAGCCAAGCUUCAACCUUGUCAUCUACAUCUGCGGCCCCCUGGAGAUGCUGCACCAAGUCAUGCGUCGAGCCCAGUCGGAGGGCCUGACCCAGGGCGACUACGUCUUCUUCUACGUGGACGUCUUUGGGGAGAGCCUGCAAGGGGACGGGCGCCUGGGGGCUGCCAAACCCUGGCAGAGCAAGGAGGGACCGGACCUGCGGGAGGCCUUCCAGACGGUGCUGGUGAUCACCUAUCAUGAGCCCCAAACUUUGGAGUACCGAGACUUCCAGAACAAGCUGAUCCUGCGGGCUCGGCAGGAUUACCAGGUGGAGCUCAGUGGUUCACUGAAAAACCUGGUGGCCGGCUGCUUCCACGAUGGACUGCUCCUCUACGCCCUGGCCCUGAACGAGACCCUCCACAAGGGCGACACCAAGCUCAACAACAGCCGCAUCCUGGAAAAGAUGAAGGGGCGCAGGUUCCAGGGGGUCACUGGGACCGUGAGCAUGGAUCAGAACAAUGACCGCGACACAGACUUCAACCUGUGGGCCAUGAAGGAGGGGGAGAGUGGCACAUACCAGGUAGUUGGACACUACGUGGGAUCCGAGAAGCAGCUGAAGUGGCUGGGGCCUAUCCACUGGCUCAAGGGGCAGCCGCCUCUGGAUAACCCCCCCUGUUUUGACAUGGAUGACCCCUCCUGCGACAAAAGUGCACUCAGCACCCUGGCGAUCCUGGCGCUGGGAGCCGGACUCACCUUCAUCAUGUUUGGGGUUUCCAGCUUCCUGAUCUUCAGGAAGCUGAUGUUGGAGAAGGAGCUGGCCAGCAUGCUGUGGCGGAUACGCUGGGAGGACCUGCAGUUUGGGGGCUCGGAGCGCUACCACAAGGGGGCAGGCAGCCGACUCACCCUCUCACUGCGUGGCUCCAGUUAUGGCUCCCUCAUGACGGCCCACGGCAAGUACCAGAUCUUUGCCAACACAGGACUCUUCAAGGGAAACGUGGUGGCCAUCAAACACAUCAAUAAGAAGCGGAUUGAGCUGACGAGGCAGGUGCUCUUUGAGCUCAAGCACAUGCGGGAUAUCCAGUUCAACCACCUGACCCGGUUCAUCGGGGCCUGCAUUGACCCCCCCAACAUCUGCAUCGUGACCGAGUACUGUCCGCGUGGCAGUCUGCAGGACAUCCUGGAGAACGAGAGCAUCAACCUGGACUGGAUGUUCCGCUACGCCCUCAUCAAUGACAUCGUCAAAGGCAUGACCUUCCUGCACAACAGCAUCAUUGGCUACCACGGUAGCCUCAAGUCCUGCAACUGCGUGGUGGACAGCCGCUUCGUGCUCAAGAUCACGGAUUAUGGCCUGGCCAGCUUCCGCCAGGGCCACGAGAGCGAGGGCAACCACGCGCUCUACGCCAAGAAGCUGUGGACAGCCCCCGAGCUGCUGCAGAAGGGGACGCUGCUCCCGCUGCCCCUGGCCAUGCAGAAGGCGGACGUCUACAGCUUUGGGAUCAUCCUGCAGGAGAUAGCGCUGCGCAGCGGCGCCUUCUACGUGGAGGGCCUAGAGCUCAGUCCCAAGGAGAUUGUGCAGAAGGUGGCCAACGGCCAGCUGCCCUACUUCCGGCCCACCAUCGACACCCGCCUGCACAGCGAGGAGCUGGCUGUGCUGAUGGAGCGGUGCUGGGCUCAGCAGCCGGCCGAGCGCCCAGAUUUCGCCCAGAUUAAAGUCUUCAUCCGGCGGUUCAACAGGGAAGGAAGUACCAGCAUCCUGGACAACCUGUUGUCGCGCAUGGAGCAGUACGCCAACAACCUGGAGAAACUGGUGGAAGAGCGCACGCAGGCCUACCUGGAGGAGAAGCGCAAGGCAGAGAAUCUGCUCUACCAGAUCCUGCCCCAUUCGGUGGCUGAGCAGCUGAAGCGGGGUGAGACGGUGCAGGCUGAAGCCUUCGACUGUGUCACCAUCUACUUCAGUGACAUUGUAGGGUUCACCUCCUUGUCAGCAGAGAGCACCCCCAUGCAGGUGGUGACACUCCUCAAUGAUCUCUACACUUGCUUCGAUGCCAUCAUUGACAAUUUCGAUGUCUACAAGGUGGAGACCAUUGGUGAUGCCUACAUGGUGGUGUCCGGCCUGCCUGUCCGAAAUGGCAAGCUCCACGCCCACGAGAUCGUCCGCAUGGCCCUGGCACUCCUGGAGGCUGUGAAGACCUUCCACAUCCGGCACCGGCCCAGUGAGCAGCUGUGUCUGCGCAUCGGGGUCCACUCCGGGCCGGUGUGUGCAGGAGUGGUGGGCCUCAAGAUGCCACGCUACUGCCUCUUUGGGGACACGGUCAACACGGCCUCACGCAUGGAGUCCAAUGGCGAGGCCUUAAAGAUCCACAUUUCUGCUGCCACCAAGGAGAUCCUGGACGAGUUUGGCUGCUUUCUGCUGGAGCUCCGGGGGGAUGUGGAGAUGAAGGGCAAAGGGAAGAUGAGGACCUACUGGCUGCUGGGCGAAGAGAAGGCGGCCGUCAUCUGAGGGCGGCCCUCCCUCUGCGGGGAAUGGGCAGGAGCAGCUGCUCCCAUGAACUCGUGGUGGAUUUGCUCUGCCUUGGAGCACGGAGGGGGGGCGACAGUGGCCAGCCUGCAGGGAAGGAUGGCUUCGCGCCUGGAGAGGCGGUGGCUGUGCCCGGAGCAGGCGGGGGGGAGGGGGGGCUGUCGCUGUCCCAGACACCAAGGGGUCUUCCCUGCCCAGCCAGGCAGCAGGAACCCACCUGCCGAC